AGUUGCAAAAUCAUUCUAACUAAAUCCCAACCUCUGUCCCAAUGAGUCGCAUCUAUCACGACAGCGCCCUCCGGAACAAGGCAGUGCACAGCACUCGGCUGCCCGGCUCUUGGGAUCCGGCUGCGUACCAGCGGGGAAAUGGUAUCCUUCUGGAGGGAGAACUGGUUGACGUCUCUCGUCAUAACAUCUCAGAUGCCAGCGGCAAAAAGGAGCGUUACUAUGUGCUGUACAUCAGACCCAGUCGCAUCCAUCGCCGCAAAUUUGACUCCAAGGGGAAUGAGAUAGAACCAAACUUCAGCAACACCAGGAAGGUGAACACGGGCUUCCUCAUGUCCUCAUAUAAGGUGGAAGCCAAAGGUGACACGGACAGACUCUCUCCCACGGAGUUGAAGGGGCUCAUGGAAAAGCCAGAGCUGCUUGCGAUAACGGGAAGCCACACUCCGGACCAGACACUGGCAUUUUGGAUUCCAGAGCUUGAGAUGGAGAAGAUUGAGCUGGAGCUAGGUGCAGAAAUUCGUCUGAAAACCCAGGGUGAUGGUCCUUUCAUAAGCUCUCUAGCAAAACUUGAGGCUGGAACAGUGACCAAAUGUAAUUUUGCUGGUGAUGGCCAGACAGGAGCAUCCUGGACAGAUAAUAUCAUGGCACAGAAAUCCUUAGAAGGAGCAGUAUCUGAGAUCCGAGGCCAAGGGGAUGGGGCAGAGGAUGACGAGUGGGAUGACUGAGAGUAGCAGGAAGUGGAGCAUCUCUCUGGUGGCCUCUAUCUUUUGAAUCCCUUCACCCUAAUUUCAUCUUUGAUGCUUCUCAUGGAACAGUGGCAGUAGGAGGGGAAGAUGUCAUCACUUCAUCUUAGCAGGUGGUUGGAAUAUGCUUCAGGCUGGCCCAUCUCCACUAAAAUCCUUUUGGGGCUGGGCAAAUCCAUUCGUUGUGGCUCCUAGAGGACCUAGGCUCAAGGCCUGUUCUUUUCAGAGUUUCCCAUGUUUAGUUCCUGUCCUCAUUCAGGUGGCUCAAGAGUCUUCCUAGAGUGUGACCAGAUACCUCCAAGAUGAAUUGGAAUUAUUCAUAACUACACAUGGAGGAAAUAAAAGUGACUCACUCAGCUGAGACACAGUGGCUCAUGGGAACAAGUUGGUGAAUUCCCUGUUGGCCAUUUUGGCUUUAAUUUCCUGAAUGGGUCCCUGAAAAACUAAAGUUGGAUAUCA